AUGGCUAACUUUAACCACUCCCAAUUGGUGAUGUAUGUCGGCCAGGUGAUGAAGGAUGUGCUGAAGCUGCCUCGCCCUCAUUCACCCCCUGUGGUUAAGCUGGAGACACGAGUCAGCGCAGAGUACGGGCUGCCCUCCACUCACGCCAUGGCUGCCACUGCCAUCUCCUUUACCUUUUUACUGAGCGCCCAAACCAGGAUACAGUUCCAGUUCGAGGUGGGUCUGCUGAUUGCAGUGACGCUGUCGUCCCUGGUGUGUCUGAGCCGCAUCUAUACUGGCAUGCACUCAGUUUUGGUGAGCUACUUCCCUUAA